UGUUUGUUUAUUUAUGCACACCACCAUUUAUUCUAAAGGGAUAUAAGAAAAAAGAGAUAUAUAUAGCAGCAUAGUAUUAGUAUGUGAAUGCACUGUAUGAGCAUGUAAAGAAAAAGAGGGAUUAAAUAGAGAUCUUAUUAGUAUUAAGAGGAGGAAGAAGACAAUUUGAGGAAUAUUUAGAUAAGAGAAGCAAGAGAUGUAUUGGAGAUACAAGGGUGGUUUGGUGCUCAUUAUUACUGUGGUAAUCCUUUGGGUCACUUCUGCAGAGGUCACACAGAUAGUGUUCGCAGAUUACAAGCACCCAUUUGUAGUGACAUAUAUUGGAAUCUCUCUUUUACUUGUACACCUUCCAAUUGCAUUCAUCAAAGAUUUCUUGCUAAAUUUCUUCACACAACGUUGGCUCACACCUUGUAAUAAUUCUCAAGUUUCAAACCAGUCAAAGGAAUGCGCCCUCGAUUUGUUUCCAAAGGAUAAAGAACACCCAGUUCUUAUUUCUGACACUAAUGUGGAAACACUGAAAGUUGACACAAAGCUUACUGCCAAACAAACUUUUCUUAUCGGAUUUUGCAUUGCUCCUCUUUGGUUCGCCACUGAGUAUCUGACGAAUGCUGCACUUGCGCAAACGAGUGUAGCAAGUACGACAUUAUUAUCUUCAACAUCAUGUCUCUUCACUCUCUUGAUCGGAGCGUUAUUAGGCGAAGAGACGAUCACUUUCGUCAAAGCAAUUUCUGUAGUUAUCAGCAUGACCGGUGUAGGCAUGACAAUAGUAGGUAAAACAUGGAUCUCUGGCGGAUCACUAUCCAAAGUAUCCAAAGAUGAGAAGCAUUCUCUGGUAGGAGAUCUUUAUGCUGGUUUGUCAGCUUUGACGUAUGGCCUAUUUACAGUGUUACUAAAAAAGAUUGCUGGAGAAGGAGAAAAAGUAGAUGUGCAGAAGCUGUUUGGCUAUAUAGGAUUGUUCACUCUUGCGGCAUUUUGGUGGCUUGUGUGGCCACUCACAGCAAUGGGAAUAGAACCCAAAUUUGCAUUACCAAAUUCAGCUAAAACAGAGGAGAUAAUCUUUCUCAAUAGUUUUACCGGAAAUGUGCUCUGUGAUUAUUUCUGGGCACUGGGUGUGGUUUGGACAAGCCCACUGGUUGCAGCAUUAGGAGUUUCCCUAACCAUACCACUAGCCAUGUUGGAGGACAUGGUGAUCCACGGUCAACACUAUUCUGCUAUUUAUAUCAUUGGCUCAGCUCAGGUAUUUAUGGGAUUUGUGAUAGCUAACCUGGCUGAUUGUCUUUCCCGAAAGGCAAAGAUGUUGCUCCUUUAUGUUACCAACAUCUAUAAUCUACUCUUCCAGCUGCAAAAGAAUGUUACUUGAACAACUAUUUCAAUGAUGUGAUUACAAAUUACCAAUAUAGAAAAAGUAUAGUGUAAUUAUGAUAUUGCAAUUAUUUAUUAAAUCGUCUUUUUUGUUA